GCAAAUUUUAGUGUAGCUAGUAGAAUAACCAUGAUGUGGGAGAAGAAUCUAGUUAUAACAAUAAUAGUAUGUUUUUAUUAGUUCUGACUAACAUAAUCAACUUUACUGACACUGUUUUUAUUUUCUGAUGGUUGCAUCAAUUAACAGCAAAUAAACCUCUCUGAGCUAAAAUUUCUUAGCUAUUUUAUUUUACAACUGGGGCUCUAUGACAUAAAAUGUCAUUGUGCCUGUUUCUUAGUCCAACUACUUUGACGUGAUCCUAGAAAAUACCUAGAUAAUUUUUUUUUCAUAUGCGCAAUAUCCCAACUAGCAUCAAACACUCAAAAGACCAAAAUAAUUGAAGUCAUUUCCAAUGAAAUUUUGAUUGCUGUCACUGUGGACGCUUUACAUGCUAAAUGAUUAUUUCAGGAAUAAGCCAGUAAUCCAAAUAAAUCUUACAUGUAUCGAAAGGGGAUUCAAUUCGUCACUGAUUUAUGUAAAAAGAAUCAAAUAGUAUCCAAUAUCAUGAAUUUUCAGGUGUAUAUACUGCACAGAUUGAUGUUUACCAUGUACAGCGCAAGCAAUAAAGCCAAAAACUUUAUACAACUGUCAUCCUUCAUUAUUUUGGGCCUUCUUAACUGUUGAUAUUUAGAUUGCCAGUCACAAAUGUAAAACAAUCUGAACAUCGAAUUAUUUUGACUAGCCUGUUUCUCCUCAAUUCAAGCCUUCUAAUCGAUUUGAGUCCUUGUGUAUUUAGGGAAGUUCAUGCUCAUGUUCCAUGAUCUUCUAUCAUGUCAUCAGAAACUUGUGUUAUUUACAUUUUAACUUGGCCCUAAAAAUUGAAGAAGCUCAAAACAAGGAGAAAGCAGCAUAAUUUAAUCUCAAUCCACUCUUGUGCCUGACCCUUAUGGCUUUGAUACUGUUAAUUUGUGUACAAUAAAUCAGUUAGAAUCACUACAAAUGAAAGACCCUGUUAGUUCUAGAAUCAACUAAAAAAGGGUGAAUCAAAGAAGUAUAACUAUAAAAGCUCUUUGAGUGCAUCAAGCAAAUCAUGCUUAACGGAUCCAUUGAAGUUCACAUGAAAUCAAAUAUAUUAAGAUUGAAUAUAAUAAAAUAAAUCUAUACUUACCAAUAAAGCAACGAAAAUGCACCUGACCACCAUAUUGCAUAUCAUCCAGCGCGUCACUAAACCGUGUAAUGUCACUAAUGCUACAGCGGGGGAUAAUGGAUUAUUCCAUUGUAUUACACGGGUAUAUCGAGAUGAUAGUGACAUAGAUUUUAAUAUUUUUUCUCUUUCCUAUAUAUUUUUAUACCUUUAAGAAGUCUGAGAUACAUGAAUAAUUACUCUCUUAAUAUUACUUUCGUAUUUUCGAUGCAAUAACUAUAAAAUCAACGGUUAGUUUUACCGGAUAUGGACCAGUCAAACAGAACACACCUUAUCUCGAAAAUGGAAUGUUCGGAUUGGGUUAACUGGUUACACAGCGGCCUACGUCACUACGCGCAAAGCUGUCAGAAGUAUCUCUGGUGUAAUAGUUUAAAAGGUCUUAAAUUACAAACUAAAUCUACAAAAUAUUUCCAUCAUGAGUUGGUACUUGGAGAAAGUUGGCCAUCAGAUAUUUGUCAACGUCGAUGAUGAGCGUAAAGGUGAAAUCAACAACUUGAAACCUGGUUCAUUGGGGAAAUUGGAGGUCAUAUUGAAGUCUGAUGAGAUGAUUGUUUUGGCAUUGGCUGAUUUCGAGUGUGGCAGCAGCUCUUUCAGUGGGAAUUUUAGUGGUGUCAGCACUUCUCGAACAGAGUUUCUGAAAAAGUGGAGCAAGCUGAGUGAGAAUGAUGUUAGAGAACAGAGUGUAGAAGCAGAAAUGGUGCCGGCGAAGCUGUCUGUAAAUGGUCUCAUUGAAACUGUUCUCAAAGACAACUUUAUUGGUAAGUAUUGUAACUUUUUUGAAAAGGUUUGUCCUGUUGAAAGGAAUAGGAGGAAGCUCCAGCAAAGAAUGUCACAGCAUCUGCAGAUGGCCAGGCUUCCAGAAGAACUGUUCCAGAAGGUGAUUGAGACAAAUGCAAAGAAACAGGUGUCUGAGAAAUUCUUCAAAUCAAUGCUUAGAAUUGACAACAACGAUACUUAUGGUGAAUGUCUCGACAUCCUUCUUACAGAAGGGCAAAGUGCCUUCAAGAGCAAGGUGUAA